UUUGCCAGCAUUCUCCUAGGAACAUGACCUGUACUGUUGUUUGGCCUUGGUCACCAAUAGGUAUAGAAACCUACUGUGGCAUCCUUAUGUUUCCUUAGUAUUAUGAGGGACUUUUUUAGCCCUUUUUCUGGAUUAUCAUUUUCAGAACUGGCACUCGGGGAAAAAACAACAGAUCUUGGUCUGGUCUAAUAGUUGAUCCAAUAUAGUAUUACAGAUACCUCUCUUAGAGAUUUGCUUAAGAUUGAGUAGUCCUGCCAUGAAAGAAUUGGUUUUACUUUAUGUGAUCUAGUUGCUCUAAAACGUCUUUGAAUAGAGCACUCUCCAUUGCAAAUUGACACUGUUGGUGGAGCUCACUUUGAGAAGUACUGUCUGUGAUGAUGUAAAAGACCUAACUAUUGAAUCUGACAGAAAUAGGGCAGCUCCAUGGACUUUGUUUGGGUUGAGGGGUGGCAUGAAUCUGGAUGUCUUUUGGCAACAUUCCAGAGGAGAGGUGAGAAGAGUCUAACUCAGGCUUCUGAGCUAUCAAGUAUCCUAUCACCAAGUCCAGUUUCAAGGAAGAGGGAAGCUAUGCGAAAUUACUUAAAAGAGCGAGGGGAUCAAACAGUACUUAUUCUUCAUGCAAAAGUUGCACAGAAGUCAUAUGGAAAUGAAAAAAGGUUUUUUUGCCCUCCUCCUUGUGUGUAUCUUAUGGGCAGUGGAUGGAAGAAAAAAAAAGAACAAAUGGAACGGGAUGGUUGUUCUGAACAAGAGUCUCAACCAUGUGCAUUUAUUGGAAUAGGAAAUAGUGACCAAGAAAUGCAGCAGCUGAACUUGGAAGGAAAGAACUAUUGCACAGCCAAAACAUUGUACAUAUCUGAUUCAGACAAAAGAAAGCACUUCAUGUUGUCUGUAAAGAUGUUCUACGGCAACAGCGAUGACAUUGGUGUGUUCCUCAGCAAGCGGAUAAAAGUCAUUUCCAAACCUUCCAAAAAGAAGCAGUCAUUGAAAAAUGCUGACUUAUGCAUUGCCUCAGGAACAAAGGUGGCUCUGUUUAAUCGACUUCGAUCCCAGACAGUUAGUACCAGAUACUUACAUGUAGAAGGAGGUAAUUUCCAUGCCAGUUCUCAGCAAUGGGGAGCAUUUUAUAUUCAUCUCUUGGAUGAUGAUGAAUCAGAAGGAGAAGAGUUCACAGUUCGCGAUGGCUACAUCCACUAUGGACAAACAGUCAAACUUGUGUGUUCUGUUACUGGCAUGGCACUCCCAAGAUUGAUAAUUAGGAAGGUUGAUAAGCAGACCGCAUUACUGGAUGCAGAUGAUCCUGUGUCACAACUCCAUAAAUGUGCAUUUUACCUUAAGGAUACAGAAAGAAUGUACUUGUGCCUUUCUCAAGAAAGAAUAAUCCAGUUUCAGGCCACUCCAUGCCCAAAAGAACCAAAUAAAGAGAUGAUAAAUGAUGGAGCUUCCUGGACAAUCAUUAGUACGGAUAAGGCGGAGUAUACGUUUUAUGAGGGGAUGGGCCCUGUCCUUGCCCCCGUCACCCCUGUGCCUGUCGUAGAAAGUCUUCAGUUGAAUGGCGGUGGGGACGUAGCAAUGCUUGAACUUACAGGACAGAAUUUCACUCCAAAUUUACGGGUGUGGUUUGGAGAUGUAGAAGCUGAAACUAUGUACAGAUGUGGCGAGAGCAUGCUCUGUGUUGUCCCAGACAUUUCUGCAUUCCGAGAAGGUUGGAGAUGGGUCCGGCAGCCAGUCCAGGUUCCAGUAACUUUGGUCCGUAACGAUGGGAUCAUUUAUUCUACCAGCCUUACCUUUACCUACACACCAGAACCGGGGCCUCGGCCACACUGCAGCGCAGCAGGAGCAAUCCUCCGAGCCAAUUCCAGCCAAGUGCCCCCUAAUGAAUCAAACACAAACAGCGAGGGAAGUUACACAAACGUCAGCACAAAUUCAACCAGUGUCACAUCCUCUGCAGCAACAGUGGUGUCCUAACUACCGUCUUUUUGCUAGGACUUAAACUGACUCGAGUGUGGCAAAAUGUUGACAAAAAGAGAGAGAGAAAGAAAAAGGAAAAAGAUGAACAAUCUUUUGUGGUUUCUUGGGAAAACUUUUCAUACCAGGUGAUACUGUUCCAAAACCCCAUUACCUGCAAGUGCUGAUUGGAAGUGCAGAAGCCACAGUAAAACAGACAAGCAAAACGUCAAAAUGUACAAACUAUUGGAAAUCGAUUUUUUUUUCAGCUGUUCUUUUUUUGUUUGUUUGUUUGGUUGGUUGGUUUUUGUUUGGUUUUGUUUAAAUGGGCAAGAAAUAGAGAUGUGGCUGGAAUAAAAGUUAAUCAAACUAGAAGGCACAAACCUAACAUAGUUUUUACGGACCAAGGAACUUGUAUAAGCUUUAGCAAAAGGUACAUUUUCACCAUACCUUUUUUUAUAUCACAGUAUAUAGUCCACCUUUGUUACCAAAUAGGUUGUUCUCCUCCCUCUCCGCCCCUUGGAGCUUCUGCUCUUCAGUACAUUCAAGUUCCAAGCCCGACCAUGCUUGUUUAAUCUGAUUACCAUAUUCUUCCAGGUUUUUGUUUUUGUUUCUGGUUGGUUUUGUUUGGUUGGUUUUUUUUUUUUUUUUUUUUUGGUUUAAGGCUGGAACUUUUUUUUUAAGCUGAUGUCUUAUGACUUUUUAUGAGUCGAAAUUGUUUUGAUUUCAGCAAGUCAAAUCUUGUAAAGGCCCGCGUAUUUUUUUUAAGAUUAUAUGAAGUCUGUGCAAAAGCUUUAAAAAGAAAUGCCUCUGCCUUGCCUGCAAUACAUGCAAUGUACGUUAACUUCGUCUCUGUUCUCAGACACUGUCCGUAUUUACUUCCUUGUUUUCCUUUUUCUUAAAAAAAAAAAAAAGGUAUUUAUAGUGGUAUUCCAAGAGGUUCUAACAUUUACAUGGAAUUAAACAUGGCCAUUUCGUCAUUAAUGAAUUAAUGGCACAGAACAUGUUGGUAUUUGAAGCGUCCUCUCCCCUUCGCUCAUGCGUAAAUGUAUCUCCAUGUUCCAGGGUUUGUUCAGCGCCCCCAACCCCUAACCCCCUGAUCUUGUACAUACCUUGUAUUAUGUGUAAGUUAAACAUUUUAUUUUGAACUUGGAAUGUUCCCAGUGAUUUCAUUCAGCAGGGUGUUUUCUGCCUUUGUCAGCGUAUGACAAAAAAAAUAUAUAUAUCAUGAGAAGUAUUUGCUACCAGUUGGUAGAUGGUGCCCUUAUUGGAUAAAUGAGGAAAAUCUCAGCAAAAGCAUGUGUUUGUUUACUUUUUUUUUUUUUUUUUGGUAGCCUAGGUCAAAACAUCAUUGUAACCUUAAAACAAGAUCCUUUUAUUAGAUGACCAACUAAAAUAGCUUGAAAGACAGUACUUUAGCACAGAUAGUUGUGAGAUUAUAAAAUUGCAAAUGUAAUUUAUCUUUCCACAUCUCUCCUGCCUUUCUUCGUCUUCUCUUCCCCAGCACUGAGCAUCUCCACAAAUGUCUCCUGCUCAGAUAACAUUUCUUUUCCAUUCAGUUAAGAUUUAGUUGCAUUCAGGGUUGUGUUGGACUCAUAUGCCAGGCUCGCCGGUUUUACAUUGCUUCCAUCCCUGCACUUGGGUUAUGCCUUUGUUCGGUUUCUUAGAAAUCGUGGCAGACUCAAUUGGGCUACAUUUAGUACAGGAACCAUGUGUGUAAUGUUACAGGACACAGUCUAGUAAUACAAUCAUCCUUCUUAGAGUUAAAAACUACCUCUAGAUUGUGGUAAGCUUUUACUGUCCCAUAAAACAGGAGCCACAAGUACCUUAUGAAUGCAGAACUAACUUCCUGCAGUGUUUCCUUACAGAACAUUGUCUUUCUGGUGUCCUGGGCGAUUUUGAAAACAUUUUCUUUGGAAGAUUUUUUAAAUACCCUAUUAGUAGCUUUUUUGGUCACCCCCAGCUUUGCUGUGUUCAUCACUCAUUCUUUUGCUCAGACUAUGCCAUUGUAAAUACAAUUCCUAACCUCUCUAAAUCACCUUUUCCUCAGUUUUCAAGGGGGAAGUCAUUUGUAAAACACAUUAGUGGUUAAAUCAAAGUUAUUGUGGUUUUAUCUUACUGCAAGCCUUUUUAAUUACUCACGGGCUGCAUUACUCUCUCUAUAUAGCCUUCUCUUCAGAUCUGCUCCAGUCACUAGCUUCUCUCGUAAGCUAACCCUGCCUCACACUUUUUAAAUCUGUUUCAGUGAUCGAGGGCAGAAUUGUGGCCUUAUCUGUCUUUGUUUUAACUGUUUACUAGCGUCUUGCAAACUUGCUUAUUUCUGAGUAGUAUUUAUUCUCUGUUGAGUCACGGAAGUAGUCUUUACACAGUGCUUUUUGUUCGGAGCGUGGAAAUAUUUUCAGUACUGCUUUACUUUGAAUGGGCCACACAUUUCCUCCACUUCCCAGGUUUGGUAUUUAGUUAUGAAACUGUAUUAAAUUAACUGAUAACAGAUGAGAUACUUUUGAAGAACAAACUAUUCCUUACCUACCUUUGCAGCUCAAAUUAAUUUUUCAAGUUCUAUGACUUUAUUAAAAUGAACUUUGCUUUUUUUUUUUUUUUUUUUUUUUUUACUAUUUAUACCUUAUUUUGGCUCUUUGUUUCUUUUAAUAAGAUAAUUUUGAAAUAUUAAACUGUAAAGCCUUUUCCUGUUUGUUUGAAAAGUCCAAGAAUGUACUUAUACAGGCAUUUCCCUUGCUAUUUUAUGCCAUUCUGCAUACCACAAACUAAAGACUGAAAUUAUUUGUCUGUUGUAGCUUCAUUUUUUAUCAGUAGUUCUUUUGUCAGCUGCUUUAAAAAAAAAAAAAGAACUUUGUGGAUUUACGAAUCAUUUUCAAUGUGUAAUUUAUAGGAGCCUUGACCUCUGGUUAUAGUAGAACCUAACCCCUCCUCCGAUGGCAUUACUAGAGAUGCUGGUCCUUUUUCCUCAUAAAGACUCUCUUCUUAGAAUGCCGACCGCUUCAGAUAAAGUAGAGAGCAUUCGAGUUUGGGGUUGUUUCUUGUUUUUUUGUUUUUUAAUUCUGUUUUAGAAGUGUGUCUUCUGCUCUCAUGAGCUAUGCAAUUUCUAAAAGUAUGCUAGAAGCUGAGUCUGUGAUCCAGUGUGUUUUUAUUAGUUCCAUUGAAUUGAUCAUACAAAUUGGGAAGGCAAGUUAAGGGCUUUGAAUGUAGAAUGCCCUUUUGAUUUUGAAUGAUUUCAGAAUUGAACACUAGGAUAAUAAUUAACCUGCUGCUGACUUCUCUUCAACUGUGGCAACUAAAGGCAUCCUCAUUUGUGUGUUAAUUUAUCGCUCUUCUGCACAGACUUAUUUGCGGUCAUAACUGGUUAGUUGUGUGUUUCUUUUUAACGAAACUGGUACCAUCUGUGCCCUCACAGAAUAUUCCCAAUGCAGUUUUUGAGAACUUAUAAACUCAUCCUGUUUAACCAGAUAAUCCACAGGGGGGAGGGGUUCCUUUUUUAAACAAAAUGCUAUUCAAUUAUUAACCAAGUUACUUACUUUGAUUUCAAAAGCAGCUGUGUUUUCUGAUGAGUACUGAACAAAUGUGUGUAAUUUUCUGUGCCAGACUUUUGACUUUGUUUUCAAGCACUGUAAUGUGGGAUGGAUGAUUAGAAACAAUAAUAUAUUAGGGUUUCUAUUUAACCCUUUCAGGACUGAACUGUAUCUCCUUUUAUUAAUUUUUCCCUGUGUCGUGAUAAAUGUUUGCCAGCAUUCAGUACUGUGUUGGUCCAGAUGUAGGUUUUUAUGCUCAUUUUUAGCUUAUUUCUUGUACCUUGCAGCAUGCUCUAUGCAUUCAGUCCUUAAGGGGUUUAUUUUACAAACUGUGCGCCUGUAAGGUUUAUUAGCAAUAAGAUAGAAAAUUGAGCAAGUUUAUACCAUAAUUUUGUAGAAAAAAAAGAAUCUGCUCAGUUCCAUAUUUCAUCCAUGAGAAUCCUGCAAUACGGGCAGUUUCAAGGAAUAAAUAAAAAGGAAAUGUAAACCAUUGUAAAAGUCUUCUGUUGGAUGUGCCUGAUGCAUGUAUGAUCUUUUUUUGAUUUCAGAAUACUUCAUAAAGAUACAAUUAAAUUACAUA